GAUAAUCAUUCAGCAAGCCAUUUCCUCUAGUGGAGACUGUGCUCCUCAAGACCAUCCACUGAAGGUCAAAUAAUUAUAGUAAAGGAGAAUUUUUGGCAUUUCGCUUUGUAAUACAGACUUUGCGUUGUUUGGAGUAAUUGUAUGUGACGGUGAGUCACUCAGUCUCUGAAAGCAGCACCUUGACUGUGCUGGUCGAGGGGCUGCAUUUGUCUCGUUGUUGCCGGAAUGGACAUGUAAAACAAAUCUAUGUAACUUGGUGCAAACCUGAUGAUUUGACCUCCUGUUACUCUGAUCAACCUAAGAUGAGAGAAAAUACACCAGAAAAUCAAAUGGAAAUGGCAUUUGAAUUACAUCUGGUGUGUCAUCAGAAGAGUCGGUUUUUGCGUCCCUGAGGAAUUAAGGCUGGAUAUUGUCACUGCUUACCUCAGGGGAAGCCACUUCUCCUCCAUUUUUUGGUGCACUUCAGCGGGACUAUGGCCAAAAACUCAUUCCGUAGGUCGAAAUACAAGACAGAGGCCAAUCAUGAUGGAGAUUUUGGCUGCACACUCAAAGAACUUAGAUCACUCAUGGAACUCAGAGGGACAGAUGGAUUACAAAGGAUUCGGGAUUGCUAUGGAGAUGUUCAGGGACUCUGUUCCAGGUUAAAAUCAUCACCAAUAGAUGGGUUAAGUGGUCAUUCUGAUGACAUUUCAAGAAGAAAAGAAGAAUUUGGAAAGAAUUUUAUACCUCCUAAAAAGCCAAAAACAUUCCUUCAGCUAGUGUGGGAAGCAUUGCAGGAUGUGACUCUAAUUAUUUUGGAAGUUGCAGCCAUAAUAUCUUUAGGCCUUUCCUUCUAUAAACCUCCUAAUGCAGAGAGAGAAUUCUGUGGUAGAGCGGCUGGAGGAGUUGAGGACGAGGGUGAGGCAGAGGCGGGCUGGAUUGAGGGUGCUGCCAUCCUCUUGUCUGUCAUUUGCGUGGUUCUUGUCACAGCCUUUAAUGACUGGAGUAAGGAAAAGCAAUUCCGUGGACUGCAGAGCCGCAUUGAACAAGAGCAGAAGUUCACUGUGCUCCGAGCCGGUCAAGUCAUUCAGAUUCCUGUGGCCGAGAUUGUGGUUGGAGACAUUGCACAAGUAAAAUAUGGUGACCUCCUUCCUGCUGACGGUGUACUAAUCCAAAGCAACGUUCUAAAAAUUGACGAGAGCUCCCUCACUGGAGAGUCGGACCAUGUGAAAAAAACUGUGGACAAAGACCCCAUGCUUCUUUCAGGCACGCAUGUGAUGGAGGGUUCCGGAAAAAUGCUGGUCACAGCAGUGGGGGUGAACUCUCAGACGGGAAUCAUCUUCACUCUCCUCGGAGGCAGAGAUGAUGAUGAUGAUGACGAUGAGGAGAAAAAAGGAGAGAGGGAGAGGAAAAAGAGGGAGAAUGAGGAGAAAAAGCGGGAGAAAGAAGAGAAAAAGAAAGAAAUGGAGAGGAAGAAGAAGGAGAAGAAAGAAAAAAAGAAAAAGAAGGAUGGAGGCACAGUGGAGAUGGAGCCCCUCAACCGUGAUGAUGGAACAGAAGAAGAGCCGAAAAAAAACAAGAUUCCAAAGAAAGAGAAAUCGGUACUUCAAGGGAAGCUUACCAAACUAGCGGUACAAAUUGGGAAAGCAGGGCUCUUCAUGUCAGCCAUCACAGUCCUCAUUCUUGUGGUGCUCUUUUUGGUGGACACUUUCUGGAUUCAGGGGCUUCCCUGGAUUAAAGACUGCACUCCUAUCUACAUCCAGUUCUUUGUCAAGUUCUUCAUCAUCGGCGUCACUGUGCUGGUUGUUGCCGUGCCUGAGGGUUUACCGCUUGCUGUCACUAUUUCAUUGGCCUAUUCUGUGAAAAAAAUGAUGAAGGACAACAACCUGGUGAGGCAUCUGGACGCUUGCGAGACGAUGGGAAAUGCCACUGCAAUUUGCUCUGAUAAAACAGGCACCCUAACCAUGAACAGAAUGACGGUGGUUCAGGUGUAUAUUGGAGACAGACACUACAAGAAGGUCCCGGAGCCUGAUCUGAUUCCUGGCAACAUCAUGAAUCUUCUCGUCACAGGCAUCAGUGUCAACUGUGCAUAUACUUCAAAAAUAAUGCCUGCUGAGAAAGAGGGCGGUCUGCCCCGUCAAGUUGGGAACAAAACUGAAUGUGCCUUGCUAGGGUUUACCACUGGAUUACGAAAAGAUUACCAAGCCAUUCGCAAUGAAUAUCCUGAGGAAAAAAUGUACAAAGUAUACACCUUCAACUCAGUCAGGAAAUCCAUGAGCACAGUCCUAAAAAAUCGAGAUGGAAGUUACUGUAUGUUCAGCAAAGGAGCAUCAGAAAUCCUCCUGAAGAAGUGCUGUCAAGUCCUGACAGCUAAUGGUGAAGCCAAAGUCUUCAGGCCCAUUGAUCGGGAUGACAUAGUGAAAAAGGUGAUUGAGCCCAUGGCCUCUGAGGGUUUGAGGACCAUCUGCCUCGCUUACAGGGACUUCCUUGUUUCGGACGGGGAGCCUGUUUGGGAUAAUGAGGCAGAUAUCCUGACUGGACUUACCUGCAUUUGUGUGGUGGGCAUUGAAGAUCCUGUUCGGCCAGAGGUCCCUGAUGCUAUUAAGAAGUGCCAGCAAGCAGGCAUCACUGUGCGCAUGGUCACAGGGGAUAACAUUAACACCGCUCAAGCUAUUGCAACCAAGUGCGGCAUUCUCCAUAUAGGCGAUGACUUCCUUUGCCUUGAAGGCAAAGAGUUCAACAGACGAAUACACAAUGAACUUGGAGAGAUUGAGCAAGAGCGGCUGGACAAGAUCUGGCCCAAACUGCGUGUACUUGCGAGAUCUUCUCCAACUGAUAAGCAUACAUUGGUCAAAGGUAUAAUUGAUAGCACCAUCGUAGAACAGAGACAAGUAGUUGCUGUCACUGGAGACGGAACCAACGAUGGUCCUGCGCUAAAAAAAGCUGAUGUUGGAUUUGCAAUGGGCAUUGCUGGUACAGAUGUGGCCAAAGAGGCAUCAGACAUUAUCCUGACUGACGAUAACUUCAGCAGCAUAGUGAAGGCAGUGAUGUGGGGGAGGAACGUCUAUGACAGUAUCUCAAAGUUCCUCCAGUUUCAGCUGACGGUCAAUGUGGUGGCUGUCAUUGUGGCGUUUACUGGAGCCUGUAUCACACAGGACUCCCCUCUCAAAGCUGUACAGAUGCUGUGGGUGAAUUUAAUUAUGGACACAUUUGCAUCACUAGCACUGGCGACAGAGCCUCCCACUGAGGCUUUACUGUUGCGCAAACCGUAUGGUCGUAACAAGCCCCUUAUUUCUCGCACCAUGAUGAAGAACAUCCUCGGACAUGCUGUAUAUCAGCUAACCAUCAUCUUCACGCUGCUGUUUGCCGGUGAGCAGAUCUUUGACAUUGACAGCGGCAGGAACACUCCUCUUCACGCUCCUCCUUCAGAGCACUACACCAUUGUCUUUAACACAUUUGUGAUGAUGCAGCUUUUUAAUGAGAUUAACGCUCGAAAGAUCCACGGCGAGAGAAACGUUUUCGAGGGCAUCUUCAAUAACAUGAUCUUCUGCUCCAUCGUAUUCGCGACCUUUGUUAUCCAGUUCCUAAUCGUGCAAUUUGGAGGGAAGCCUUUUAGCUGUGUAGGUCUCUCUGUUGAGCAGUGGCUGUGGUGUGUCUUCCUUGGCUUUGGCUCUCUUCUCUGGGGGCAGUUGAUUUCCACAAUUCCCACAAGUCGCCUGAAGUUCCUGAUGACAGCGGGUCAUGGCACUCAGAAGGAGGAGAUCCCUGAGGAUGAGCUGGAGGAGAUGGAAGACCUGGAUGAAAUCGACCACGCUGAAAUGGAGCUGAAAAGGGGGCAGGUUCUGUGGUGCAGGGGUCUCAACAGAAUUCAAACACAGAUCCGUGUGGUUAAUGCUUUCCGGGAUUUCAUGUCCCCUUACGAAGGCCUGGAGACGCCAGAGUCUCGCAGUUCCAUUCACAAUUUCAUGAGCCACCCAGAGUUCCGUAUUGAGGAUUCAGAGCCAGCCAUCCCUCUCAUCGAUGACACAGACCCUGAGGAGGAUGCACCUACUAUACGAAACACAGCUCCUUCCCCACUGCCUCCAGUUUUAUCCCCUAAUCAGAACAACAAUGCAAGCGACAAUAGAGGCUUCCAUCAGCACAAAGAUAUAGCCAAAACUAUCCUUUCUCCGACUCCUGGAAGCCCAAUGCACAGUCUGGAAACCUCUCUAUAAUCUGCUACCACCCUAUGUCAGACCACGUCAACAACCGAGGACACAUUAAGGACAUGGUCAAGGCUUCUGAGCCUUUGAUAGUGAACUGGAAAAGCAGCAAAACUUGUUUUACUUGUUUUUUAAAUGUGUUUCAUGGGGGUUUGUUUCAUUCUUUUCGUAUUUGGCCUGCACACCCUGAAAGUGAAUGGUUUGGGGAAUUAACGGUGUUGCUCAAAUGUUCAAAUUCUUUCCACUUAUGUUUUGCUCAUUCAAUUAUUUUGAUAUAAGGUGUUUUGGCUGUUCAUAUACUGUAGGUAAAAAUGUUUGAGCAGUUUUUGGACAAGUUCUUAUUUUGGAUGCAAAAGGUUCACAUGUAGUUGCUGCUCUGUUUAAUUGUGAGCAAACACUUUUUGAAGGUGCACUAUUUGCCUCUAAAUCAGUUUUUAUUUUGAUUUUUAGAAAGCUAGGAAAAGAUGCAAUGCCUCUACAUUUUUAAAGGGGUACGGUUCAGUGUUGCCAAGUCCGCGGUUUUCCCGCGAAUUGGGCUACUCUAACACUGUUUCCGCGGGUAGUUUUUCAUGUCCGCGGGUUUAAGCGG